AUGCUUGAUAUCAAGCAUAACACUUCUGUAAGAGAUGAUUUAAAGGUUCAGGAUGAGUACAUGGAGAGCGUCAUUGAAUUACGUAACGACACACGAAAUAUCCUCGUAGGAGGAUCCAGAAGACCCCACACUAAUAUGGGUAAUGAAGCUCUCUCGGGUGCGGCGCUGUUCGAGGUGGCAGUGGACGGCCAGGACGCUAACGUGACACAGGCGCAGCUCUCCCGGGUGAUCGACGAGGCUCGACGGCUGCGGCAGGUGUCAUGGUGCGUGACAGUGGUGGUGGUGAGCGACGACCCAGCCUUCCUCGCCGCCUUCGCCGAGUUGUCCCUAAAAGGACGCCUUCUAGUCUGGCCUACAAAGCUCCUCAUUGUCACACCUGUUUCUCAUUCUAAGCUGCAAAACCUUCAUAAAAUCCUUUCUAUGACGAACUCCAUGCUGUUAUUCUUAGAAAGUGAUUCAGGAACUGUAAGCUGCACCAUGUACCUUCACCUGCCUUAUAACCCUCGGGACACAAAGCCACUGAGGGUUUCUUCUUGGUCGUCCCAGCAAGGCCUCGUGCUUACCACCCAGCUUCCUCUCUUCCCUGACAAAUUCACAAAAUUCAUACACCGACCAAGACUGGUGGUAGCAGGUGAAGUAUACCCAGGGCAGACGGCUCACGAGGAAGACGACCCUGGAGCACCUGGUGAGCAGCGACUUAUGUUCAGGGGACCCACUGCCAGCGUGCUCGAAUGCCUGUCUAAGUCCAUGAAUUUUACGUACAGGUAUGUUCGGGCACCUGACAAGACUUUUGGCACUAUGCUGAAGAUGGUCAUCAGUAUGGAGGCACACCUCGCUUUGGGUCCUUUUGCUGUGAGUGCUAGCCGCUCGCAAAUAGUGGACUUUACGUGGCCACUGAAUAUCGCCAACUCCAUAAUCGUGGCAGGCAGAGGACUGCCGGAGGUGGACCCAUGGGGCUUCCUGCUGCCUUUAGCGCCGAUGGUUUGGGUUAUUUUAUUGACUGCGCUGCUACUGGUGUCUACUUCUGCGUUCCUGUUAUUCUCAUUUUUUUGUCUGAAAACUUUUCAUGGACACACUUCUUUGGCAAAUUCCUUUCAAUUUGUUCGUGUACUCUUACAACAAGAUGUGUCUUUAUUGGCUAUGUGGUGGUGGCAGCGGGUACUGUUAGGGGUGUGGAUGUUGAUGACGCUGGUGUUAACACGGAGCUACUCCGGCAACCUCAUGUCCCUCCUGGCCGUGAGACACAUCCCAGAGCCUUACCAGACCCUGGAGGAUGUAGUGAAGGACCCAUCCGUGACCAUGAUAUGGAAGACCAAAACAAUAUAUGUGACUCACUUCCGUACCUCGACGUCUGGUAUAUUCCGUGAGGUGGGUGCCUUAGAGCAGAAGGGCCGCGUCAUACACAGGGUAGCGGCAGAUAUCCGGGAUGCCUUCGACACUCUGGUGAGGAGAGGUGACCACGUCCUCCUCGAUGUUGAAAACUCUAUUUUUAACAGAAUGACUCAGGACUUCUCGCAAACAGGAAGGUGCGACUUCUAUAAGACUAAGGCAAAAUAUUUUCGCUUCAUGUAUGCCAUGGUGGGCCAGAAAGAUAGUCUUCUGAUACCAGCUGUAAGUCAGAGGAUAAUGGCGUUAACGGAGAACGGACUUUAUUCAUAUUGGUCUAAGUUCUCUGGCCCUAACGCUACGGCAUGUGUUUCACCUCCUACAAAGAUCACCGUCAAAAGUUCGCUCUCUCCCUCCAACCUCUGGGGCAUGUUCGUGGUACUAGUUGGUGGAUAUGCUGUUGGUAUGCUGGCGUUCGUCUUGGAGAUACUCCACUCUCUUACACUCCAUUCUCCAAAUCUUAUAUAAUGAAACUCACCACCUCAUGUUCUGCAGUAGGUUACUGGAGACAUUUAUUUUAAUCAAAACGAAAAUUAGUCUGAACUUCAUAUAAAGAAAAGUAUUCAGCAAAGAAAUCAUUUUGUGUAAACCUAAACCAAAACGCACUAUUUCCAACUAGAUUUCAUCCCUCAAAUGAAAAUACAGCCACUAAAAUAAAGUCAACAAAGUCUCACCAACCCAAGAGAUGUUAUGCUAGUUCAUUUGAAGUUGGAUUUUGUCCCAUACUUAUUUCCAUCAUGCCUAAUGUUAUCGGCACGGAAAUUAGUGU